AUCACAAUGGUUGAGUUCAAAUGGAUUAAAAUCUCUUUAUUUCUUACGGCGGUGCUUCAGUAUACAGCAGCAGCUGAAAAACAUCCUCUGUCCCUCAGUGUCGCAGUUGGAGAUGAAGUCACGUUGCUUUGUGAAAAUGUGAUAGACGAUCAGCAAAACUGUGACAAUACCGACUGGUACUUCCGUUAUUCAAGAUACCUAGCAGAGCUGUUUGAAAAUGGAAAGAUACACAAUGACAGCAGAGCUAAAUCAGACAGACUGAGUCUUACAGCGAACUGUUCUCUGGUUAUAAAGAAGGUCACAGUUGAGGAUACUGGUCGUUACAGCUGCAGACAGUUCAACAAAUCAGGAUAUCAACAAGGUCGAGACUCUGAGGUUUAUCUGUCUGUUAUUAGCAUGACUGAACAUAAAGAGACUGAUUUGGUGACAUUAGGCUGCUCUGUGUCGACGUUUGGACGAUGCAGACACACAGUGAGGUGGCUGUUUAAUGGUCAAGAUUGGGAUCGACAUAACAGAAAUGUGAAGACAGAUCAGCCUUCGUGCUACGCCUCUUUGAACUUUCUGACCUUUUGUUACAAUAAUGCAUCAAACUAUAACUUACUGAAGUGUGAAGUGAAAGACCCUGGACCCUCAGGUGAGGACAUAACAACAACAACAACAACAAAACCACCACCACCAACAACGACAACGACAACAACAAUAACAACAAAACCACCAACAACGACAAAUCCAACUGUAAUCAAUAACACUUCAACAAAUCCAAAAGAGCCUUGGAUGAGGACUUUAAUAAUUCGGUCCAUCAUUGUGUCUGUGGGUUUAGCAGCACUUAUAAUAGCUGUUGUGGCAGUAAACAUAUGGACCAAAACUAAAGGGAAACAAAUGCAGACGGAUGAAAAUAUGGUGGAUAAUGAUGAAGAUGAUGGUACAGUGAACUAUGAAAACACCAGAUCUUCUGAUGUCUGACGGAAACUUCAGCCUCCAUCAGACUCCACUGAUCAACAACUUCUACAUCAACUCAACUCGUUUUAAAUGAGUAGAUUGUAAAUACAAAAAAUACUAAGGUUAUUUUGAGAAAUGUAAUAUUUUGCUUUUGUCUUUUUCUGCAUCAGUUGGAUUUUAAUUUAACUGAAAACAGGUUUUAACUCUUGUUUAACUUCCUUAAAUUUGCUUCAAACCAAAAAAUUUUGUUCUGAUUUUAAGAUUAACUAAUCAGUUUCAAAGCAGCUUGAGUUCACUUUAAUCUCUGUUAAACUCAUUUAUAUUAACAUAUUUAGCAUUCGUGUCAACAUAUUUGUUAAAGUCCAACUGAUGUUUGGCUUUUUAUUAAUCUUAAAGUUGUCAAUGAAAGUUUGUCUUUAUA